GAAUGCACCUGAACCCGGACACUCUUCCAAAGAGACAGGUCAAGGUGCCGGCGCAGAGAUUCAGCAGGAAGACUCGUCACAGCUGGAAUCUGAAGAGCUGCUGCCAAUACGGAUCCUGAGUCCGGCGGGCGAGGUCGUUCUUGAGGAAGAGCUGCCUGGAAGAAGAACUGUAAGGUCGGUGCUGCAGAGCCUUUCCACGGGAGCCCGCGGAAGCCUCACUCUGCUACAUGGCACGGAGGUGGUCCCGCCCGGCCGCAAGCUCUCGGAGUUAAAGAUCACGGAAGAAGACAAUUUCUGCCUUGUCAGAAAGUCCAUUACCAGCUACACCCACUUGGCGGCGACGGAGCCCGAAUUUCGCCUGGUGAAGUGCAUUCUGAUAGGAGGCCCAGAGACUGGCAAGACGUCCUGGAUGCAAGGAUUCUGCCGCGAAGGUUUUCCCCAGCAAUAUCGGCCAACGACAGGCGUGAAGUUCAAGGUCUUUCCGAUGCAGUCCGAGGACGGAUCGAAGCUGAAAGUACAGCUUUGGGACACUGCAGGGAACCUACCAGUCUCGAACGCAUUCUACCGGGGGGCCGAACGCUUUGCAAAUCAAAAGGGGUGGCCCUUCUUUGCCAUCUCGAACAAUUCUGAACCUUUUGAUGCCCCCCUCUUUGCCUUGCUAGAUCUUGUUAUGAUGAACCAGGACGAGCAGGCCAGCUCCCACGCCCAAGCAGAGACCUUCGACCCCGGGAGGCCCGGAUACCCGGAAGGCGAGAGGAACCAUUCAGAUCCCCAAGAUCUUCAGCUGUUCCCGAUACGGAUCUACACUCCGUCCGGUGAUGUGCUUUUAGAGCAAAAGCUGCCUGGAGACAGAACCGUGCGGUCUAUUUUGCAGACCCUCCACACGGAAAAACGUGGCAGACUCUCUCUGCUGCAAGGCACCGAUGUAAUCCCACAAGGCAAAAAGCUAUCGCAGCUGCACCUCGCCGAAGAUGAGGGCUUAUGCCUGGUCAGAAGAGCCACAGGGCACUACACUUCUUGGGAAGGCAACGAUUAUGCGGAACAUCAUUCCGUAAAGAUUCUUCUGGUUGGAGCAGCGAAAACCGGCAAGUCUACGUGGAUGCUGGCCUUCGGCCGACAUGGUUUUACUUCUCAGUAUCAGCCGACCAUCGGCGUCGAGUUCAAACUCUUGCGCCUUCAGUGUGAGGAUGGGCUGCGGAUGAAAAUUGCGCUCUGGGAUACUGCUGGGCAGCAAUGCUUUCGGACAAUCACAAAUGCCUACUACGGAGGGUCCUCGGGAAUCAUGGCCUUCUUCUCACUACACAGUCGUGAGUCCCUGACCGAAGUCCUUCGAAUGUUGGAGGAAGCAGAGGGGAGGCAUCCCCUUUCCUGCCGAUGCGUGUGCUUGGUUGGGACCCAUGUAGACAUUCCGGAUCCUGAAGUGACACAAGAGGAGGCCGAGCAGCUUGCGCAACAGAAGGGCUGGCCCUUUUUUGCAACCUCGAGCAAAUCUGGCGUCAACAUUGAUGACCCUCUAUUCGGUUUGCUGGACAUGGUUCUAGACGAAGUGCUUCGCCGAUAA